AGGGCCAAAAAACAGCUGCAAGCUUCUUGAAGCUCAGAAGCUUGCAGUUGUUUUAUAAACUUACUUUGGGCCUAAUAAAUAUAGGAAAUUAAUAGGCUUAUUCAAAAUGCAAAAGCAAAAUGCAAAAAAAUGGGAUGUUUCCCUGCUGGAUUUGCUUAAGCUGAAGUGUUUACAUUUCCAUAGGACCAUUGGCCCUGCCAGCUUCUGGAAGGGGCCAGGAUGGCUGCCUCUGUUUUAGAAAGUCACAUUCAUUCGCUCUGUGCACUGCCAAUUGUGGUUCUGCCACACUUGUGAUUUCACUACCUAUAGCUUUUAGAUGGGCAGGACAUGCAUCUUUCCUGACAUGCUGGCAGUAGCACUUCCCGAAUGCAGUGGCAGGCAUGGAGGGUGGUUCCUGGAGGCCCCCAGGCUCCAAGGGAGUGGUGGGUUGCAGCCAGCCUCCAUGCCAGGGAAACUAGGCAAGGCAGCACAUGAAGAGGCGCCCAAGGAAGUGAAGCAGCUAAUAUGGCUAUUUUCUUUCCUAUCCCGAUUCCCUUUCUGCCCGUGGAUGCAGAAAGAAAAGCCAGUUGAGCACAGACCUCCUGGUCAUCCUGACUGCCAUCGUCAUGGGCUGCAGUAAGAGAGCCAAGUCGUUUGAAAUGGUUCUGGCUGGACGAUUCGUUUAUGGGAUAUGUGCUGGCUUCUGCCUGGCCAUUCAUUCUCAGUAUGCCGGAGAAGUCUCCCCCAAGAAAUGGAGAGGAUUUGCAAAUGCUACCUCGGGAUUCUUCUGGUCUCUGGGGAAGUGCUUGGGCCAAAUCUUGGGACUCAGGGAAUUCCUGGGAACGGAUUCGUCCUGGCCUCUGCUGCUGGCCUUCCCUGGCAUGGCGGCGUUCCUCCAGUUGGUCCUAUUGCCAUUCUUCCCCGAGUCUCCUUCUUAUCUCUUAAUCCAGGAGGGAGAUGAGGAAGGCUGCUUGAAAGCAAUGCACCAGCUGUGGGGCCAAGGGGAUCACCAGGAAGAGCUCGGUGACCUGAGAAGAGAAAUGGGCCCCAGAGGGGAAAGGAGCAAAGUGCUUCGGGCAGGAGAACUGCUCCGAGACGCAUCACUCCACCAGCAAUUGAGCAUCCUUGCAGCUGUCAUUCUCACCGUGCAGUUCUGUGGCAUCAAUGCAGUCUAUUUCUAUGCAUUUGAAGUGCUUCACAGUGCAGGCUUCGAAGAGAGACUUAUCCCCUACGUCUCCCUGGGCAUCGGCUUCUCUGAGCUCUUCUCCUCUUUCCUCUGUAUAUUUUCCAUUGAGAGGUAUGGACGGAGGCCCCUGCUGUGGAAAGGCUGUUUGCUGAUGGCUUUGGUGCUGUUCUUCCUCACAGGGACUCUUUCUCUGCAGAAAAACUUCCCCUGGAUGUCUCACUGCAGUGUCAUCCUGAUCUUUCUGCUUGUCACCAUCUUUGGAGUUGGACCAAAUGGAGCUACAAUGUCUGUUAUGAUGGAAAUUUUCAACCAGUCCUCCAGGCCAGCGGCGUUCACGGUCGGAGGUUGUCUGAACUGGGCAGGCCUCUUUGUCAUCGGAAUAACCUUCCCAUUUGCUGUGGAAAGUCUGGGCGCCUUCUGCUUCCUUCUCUUUGCCAUUAUGCUCUUUGGGUCUGGAAUAUUCUUCUACUUAUUCCUUCCAGAGACGAAAGGCAAGUCUGCUGUGGAAAUCACAGAGGAAUUCAGCAGAUCGUCUUUGGGAAAGAAACUUAACAUUGUUCUUAGGAAAAAUUUCAAGGAGGAUCACUCGGUCUACACCAGUUUCUGAGUUACCUCUGCUGAUGAAGAAUUCCUGGGAGAAGCUCCAUGUUUAAAAUGGUGUCCAGACCAUGAAGAGCUCCACUGUGGCCAGUUCUAACCUCAGCCCUCGUUGUGCAGCCCUUUUGGCUCCUAGGAAGGACACUGAUGGCCCCACAGAAAUGCAACUCUUUAAUGGACGCCUAAAGGCACAGACAGCCCCCUUAUGAGUCUCGUGAAGGUGGCAAAGAAAAACCCUGCAACUCUGGCUUCAUGACAGGGGGGCUUCUUCCCCUUCUCAUUGAGCACCCAUUAACCCCUCCCAAAAUGUCAUCUUGUUGCUGCUGCUUGCUGGCUUCAUUUCUGCUCAAGCUCAGAUGUUUUUCUUGCACUCUUUCUCGUUUUUCAUUUGGGGGAAGGCCAGUUCAUAGCUCUGCUCAAAUCUCAGCUCGAUCAACCAAACCCAGCUAGUCAAUGUAUAAGAGUUGCUGCCUGGCAUUCUUUCCCUUCCGACCCUUCUAUUUUUCUUUCUGCUUUAUGA